GACAUGAAAAGUCUAAUUUUACUAUUGUACUUAGUUGUAUGGCUGAUGGAAAAAAAUUACUGCCAGUAAUUAUUUUCAAAUUAGUGAAUAUACCACAACAAGACUUUCUACCUGGUGUUAUUAUUAGAACCAACCGUGAGGGAUAUAUGAAUUCAGAUGAAAUGAUUUGGUGGAUAGAAAAUGUUUGGAAUAAGCGUUCACUUUUGUCUGUUGAUCCUCGUUCACUAUUAGUUUUAGAUUCAUUUCGAGGUCACAUUACGGAUCCAGUCAAAACCCGAUUUUGUGAAAAAAAUACUAAUAUUGCUGUAAUCCCAGGAGGACUAACUAGCAAGUUGCAACCAUUGGACGUCUGCAUAAAUAAAUCUUUUAAGGAUAAGUAUCGCAAAUUCUAUAACGAAUGGAUGGCAAGUGAAAUUUUAAGUCUAACUCUUGCUAGUCGUAUCCGACGUCCUUCAUACAGUACAGUAGCUAAUUGGAUAAAAAUAGCAUGGGAUCAAGUUGAUUCUGCACUUAUU